ACGAGCCUUCGCUUCGCCUCGCCUCAGUGCCGCGCCUACGUUCUAAGGCGGCACACGUCGAUUUUAUUCAACUCCAUGUUAAGAUCUAUUUGCAAUUUAAGUAAUUCCGUGGCCGCUGUCAAAACAUCAGCAAGGAUGACGAGCGUGCACAGCGCGUGGAAGGAGGAGGUGUACGACAUCCCGAUCUCGGUGCUGAUCCGGCCGUUCAUGCCCGACCUGGACGAGAACAAGGUCCUGUCGCUCAUGGACACUAUUAAGAAAGAAGAAGAAGCCGGCAACGUGCCCCCGAUAGACGUGCUCUGGAUCAAAGGCUCCCAGGGCGGGGACUACUACUACAGCUUCGGGGGCUGCCACCGGUACGCGGCGUACAGUCAGCUGCGGCGCGAGACCAUCCCGGCCAAGCUCAUACGGUCCACCCUCACUGACCUAAGGACGUAUCUGGGUAGUAGCACGCCCGACUUGAAGUAGACUUACUGCCUUAUAUUACUACAGCUUCGGGGGUUGCCACCGGUACGCGGCGUAGUCGGCUGCGGCGCGAGACCAUCCCGGCCAAGCUCAUACGGUUCACCCUCACUGACCUAAGGACGUAUCUGGGCAGUAGCACGCCCGACUUGAAGUAGACUUACUGCCUUAUAUUACUACUG